AUGUGCUACAUUACAUGUGUAGAUUUGUCGUUUUUAAAUAAUUGAACAAUUUAAAUUAUUAGUUUAACCAUAAUAAUAAUAAAAAAGUUUCCACUUACUUGUGGACUGGAGGAGGACAUAUCAGUAAUUCUUCACCACUCGUGUCUCAAUUCUCAUCUUUUUCCAAAAUCCUCUGUUUUCAAUUUCAUUUUCCCCUUUUUGGAAUCUCCAAAGAUUCCGGCCAAAGUAAAUGGUGACUCAGUGCAUUAACCUCCAUCUUCACCACCACAUCUUCCACCUCCCUCCUUCUCUCUCCGCCCUACGCCACCGCCAUCGCCACCACCCCACCGUCUCUCAGUCUCCGCUACUCUUCUCUCCGGUCACCCCCAAAUUACUUCUCAAACGCCGCUCUAAUCUGAAGUUCACCCCUCCCAUGGCCUCCGCCGUUGACCACCCUUCGGAAGACACUCAGAACGAAGAUUCCGGCAGAGAGGAUCUCCGCCCGACAACACCGGAGCAGAGAACGCUCUCGUGGCCGGAGAUGGCUCUGCUCUGGGUCGGCCUCAUCGUCGGAGUUCCAGCGUAUUAUCUUGCUGGAAGUUUAGUCGAUCUCGGAAUGUCAUGGUGGCAGGGCAUCGCCACCGUCGUUGCCGCCAACGCCGUAACCCUAAUUGCCCUAAUUCUCACCGGCCAUCCAGGUACAAAAUACGGCAUCUCUUUCCCUGUUUUUGCCCGAUCGUCGUUCGGAAUCCAUGGCGCUCAUAUCCCCACGCUUCUCCGAGCACUAAUCGGCUGUGGGUGGUACGGAAUCGAAACGUGGAUCGCCGGUGAGGCCAUUUUUCUUCUAUUGCCUGAAAGUAUCAAGAAAUCUUCAUUUUCACAGGUUCUUCCAUGGCUGGGAACUUCCCCUCUUGCAUUUAUUUGCUUUUUAGCCUUUUGGAUCGUUCAAUUAGCAAGUGUUUGGAAAGGAAUGGAUGGGAUUCGUAAACUCGAAAUCUUCUCUGCUCCGAUUCUUGUUUUUCUCACUGUUUGUCUUUUGAUUUGGUCUUGUGUUAGAGCCGGUGGAUUAGGGCAUAUGCUUUCUUUAACCUCAAAAUUGUCUUCCUCUGAAUUUUGGGCUCUGUUUUUUCCUUCUCUUACGGCUAAUAUAAGCUUUUGGGCUACUCUGGCUUUGAAUAUCCCUGAUUUCACUCGCUAUGCCAAAAGUCAAAAAGACCAAAUUAUUGGUCAAUUGGGGCUUCCAAUUUUCAUGGGGGCGUUCACUUUCGUCGGCGUUGCUGUCACUUCCUCCACAGGAUUGAUUUUUGGUCAUAUAAUUUCGAACCCAAUUGAGCUUCUUGGCCAUAUUGGGGGUUUUGCCACUAAAGUUUUGGCAAUUUUUGGGAUAAUUUUAGCCACCGUCACCACUAAUGUCGCCGCCAAUGUAGUGGCGCCGGCCAAUGCGUUGGUGAAUCUCAACCCUUCUUAUUUCACUUUCACCAGAGGGGCUCUGCUCACUGCCGUGAUCGGCAUUCUGUUUCAGCCAUGGAGGCUUCUGAGCUCAAGUGAGAGCUUCGUUUACACUUGGCUUGUCGGGUAUUCGGCGCUGUUGGGUCCAAUCGGCGGUGUGAUGGUGACAGAUUACUAUUUGAUUCGGCGGAGGGAACUGAGUGUUGAGGAUUUGUAUUCUACGAGUCCGACAGGGGCUUAUUACUACACCGGUGGGUUCAAUUUAGCGGCUGUGGCGGCGCUGGUGGUCGGAGUGUUGCCGGUGAUUCCUGGGUUUUUGGAGAAGGUGAAGAUCGUGUCUAAAGUGCCGAAAGUUUUCAGUGUUAUUUACGGGAAUGCGUGGUUUAUCAGUACGUUUUUGGCCGGAUUUUGCUACUGGGGUCUCUCUAUUCUGUUGAAACGGCGAAAACUAUCUCGCCGGUUUGGGCCUCUACUUUGACUUGUACAAAAUGCUGUGCACCGCGCUUAAACAAUAAAAAGUUGGUGAAAAUAUUAUUUUGGUCGGUUUCAUUUCGAUUUAUGUAUUUAUUUAUUUUUCUUUUGUGUAAUUUGAAUAAUUCAUAAAUUUAACCCUUCCAAAUUAAUGGAAUACCAAGACAUUAUGUAAAUAGACAU